AUGAGUGAUCCACGGCCGGGGGCCUGUCAGGUCAUAUUUGCUGUCAAUCCCAUUAUUUCUAUGAGUAUGCAGGUUUCAUGCAUUCUUGUUAUCUCUCACUUCUUUCACCUUUUGCUCAAGCCUUUAGGCCAACCAGGACCGGUUGCCCAAAUUCUCGCUGGGUUUGUGAUAGGUCCCUCAGGGUUGUCGAUGAUCCCUAAAGUCAAUGAAUUCUUCUUUCCUUCUGUUGCUGGUGACUACUAUGAAAUAAUGGCUAUGCAAGCUAGAAUAGUUAUCAUGUUCUUGAUCGGGCUGGAGAUGGAUUUUCCUUAUCUAAUUCGUAACCUGCGUCCUGUGAGCAUUAUCGCUGGUAGCAGUUGCCUAAUGUGUACAUUCUUUGCAAUCGCUAUGACCUCCUUUAUAUAUGAUGUGACUGAUUCCCAUGACCAUGCAGUAAUUAUGGGCACAAUUAUCACAGUAGUCUUAGCUAAUACUUCCUCUCCUAUUGUGGUCCGAUUAGCAGCUGAUUUGAAGAUUUCAACAUCAGAUGUUGGGCGAAUGGCCAUAUCUUCUUCCUUGCUUGGUGACUUUUAUGCAGUGAUAUUGUUGGUUAUAGUUACAGCGAGUAGGAAGCAUUAUUCAGGCAUGAGGUGGGUAUUACUAGGGAUCCUAUAUUUCAUCAUUGUUAUAGCAGUUAUCAUUCUCAAUGCACAUCUAGCAAAAUGGCUUAACAGGAGGAAUAGGAAUCAGAAGUACCUGAGAAACACCGAAGUACUUUGUCUGUUGGCAAUUGUCUUUGUUACUGCCACAGGGCUUGAAACUAUGGGAUUCAGUAGCAUAGUUGCUUGUUUCCUCAUUGGACUAAUGUUUCCUAGAGGAGGCAAAGCCACUCGUACAUUGUUGAUCAAGCUCACCUAUGCAGUUCAUAACUUUAUACUUCCAGUUUACUUUGGCUACUCAGGUUUCAGGGCUGAUUUGACUUCCAUUGACUCUUUAGCCAAAUUCUUUGUUGUUUUUGUGGUAAUACUGUUGAGCUUUGGUGGCAAGAUUACUGGCACACUUGCUGCUUGCUCCCACCUGAAGAUUCCUUUGAAUGAGGGAGUCCUCAUAGCUUUUCUGAUGAACUUGAAAGGUCAUGUUGACAUCUUGACAAUAGGUAUUGCAGCUCAAGAUAGAGCAAAUCCUCUAUUCUGCAACUUGAUGAUAUCAGCCAUUGUCCUCAACUCAUUGAUCUGGGGACUAAUUAUAACAUUUAUGGUAAGAAGAGAAAGUGAUAUCCUAGGAUACAGGCACAUAGCUUUUGAAUCACAAAGUCCGGACUCUGAGCUACGACUACUGACCUGUGUUCAUGGACCUCGGUCAGUAGGUACCAUGGUAGGGCUAAUUGCUGCAUCAAAAAGUUCCGAAAGCAUUCCUGUGGCUGCCCACCUGAUGCACCUAAUUGAGCUACCUGAGAAAACUAAUACCAACUUGAUGUAUCACCAGAAAGAAAUUGAUGAGAUUAGUGAUGAUGAUGAGUACGGGGGUAAUGACGUGGUAGAAAUUAAUGAGGCAGUAGAUAUAUUUACUGCUGAGACAGGAAUUAUGAUACAUCAAGUUAAAGUGGUAUCACCUUUAGUCAGCAUGUAUUCAGAUGUGUGCGAAUGGGCUGAAGAUACAAGAGCAUCUAUCAUUAUCCUACCCUUCCACAAGUACCAGAGAAUAGAUGGAAAAUUGGAGAGUGGAAAGGAAGGCUUAAGGACCACGAAUCAGAAAAUUCUUCGCCAUGCCCCGUGCUCAGUUGCCAUUCUUGUGGAUCGAGGACUGACAGCUGGGGCCUCUCAUGUGUCAGGCUCUGAAUCUUUGCAGCAUGUUGCAACUUUGUUUUUUGGUGGUCCUGAUGAUCGUGAGGCACUGGGAUUUAGUAAACGUCUUGGCAUGCAUCAUCAUAUAAACCUCACUAUUAUUAGAUUUCUUCCAACACCUGCUAGAAGGGAACUUGUAGGUGUCAAUUUUGAUACCAAGGAGAAAGACAUUUUGAUGGCAAUACCAGAUAGCGAGAAUGAUGCAGAUGCAGGAGUUUUGACUGACUUCUACAAUAGGUAUGUAACAUCUGGACGAAUAGGAUAUGUAGAGAAGUAUGUCGAAAAUGGUGCAGAAACCGCAUCAGCUUUAAGGGACAUGGCAGACAUGUAUGCAAUGUUUAUAGUAGGGAAGGGUGGGCGAGCGCAAUCACCUCCAACAAUUGGAUUGAGUGACUGGGAAGAGUGUCCUGAGCUUGGUACAGUUGGUGAUUUCUUGGCCUCUCCAGAGUUUGAUCUCAGUGGUUCAGUUUUAGUUGUUCAACAAUUUAGGCCCUCAAAGAGUGAGAAGAACGAUCCUUAACAGUUGCUGAUCAAGAGUUUGUCACGACGGACUACUUCUAUCUACAGCUUUACCAUAUAUUAUGACAUGAGUUGGAAGAAAGUUCUUGCAAGAUUCUGUUCUAGAAGAAUGAAGUCCAAACCAUUGAUGGUCAUGGAUGAUGCUGAAACCAAUUUGAAUCCUCUUUUGGGUGUCCAUGACUCUUAUUACACCUGAUUCAGAUUGCCAUAGAGAAGAAGUUUUUGUAGCUGAAGAACAGGAACAGGACAGGACGCAGUGAAAAGGAGGUUCUUAUGGGAUGUUGCCUUGCCAUUGGGAGAGAUGAGUGAUCAGUGGUGUAGAAUUUACUGUAAAGUAUUAGCAUCAGUGCAGGAUGAAAAGCUUUCCAGGUAAAUUGAAAUUGUAGGACAUGGUUUGCACUUUUUUUUUUUUUGGGUAUUUUCUUCUUUUAAAGGAUAGAAUAGGACAAAGGCUAGGGUGCGAAGAGCUUAGUUCUUUUAA